CAUGAUCACUUCCUUCAAAUUUUGUUGGCCUAGCCUAUGCAAACACCAGGAGAAAGUGCCCUUUGGUGUCUUAGAUUUGCUGUUAUCAUUAUACGGUAGAUUACUUUAUACAGUCAAAUAGUUAAACAAGUAUUUAAGGUUUUCAGUGAUGGCAGGGAAUUACUACUUUGUCAUCGUAGGACAUCAAGACAACCCAGUGUUCGAGUUGGAAUUUAGCUCCCAAGCAAAAGGAGGUGAAAUUAAGAAAGAUGACCACAGACAUCUGAACCAGUUCAUCGCUCACGCUGCUCUUGAUCUUGUUGAUGAGCAAAUGUGGAAUACAAAUAACAUGUAUUUAAAGAUUGUGGAUAAAUUCAACGAGUGGUUUGUUUCAGCAUUUGUUACAGCUGGAGGUAUUAGAUUUCUGAUGCUACAUGAUGUGAAAAAUGAAGAUGGCAUUAAAAAUUUCUUUUCUGAAGUGUAUGAGAUAUUUAUAAAGUAUUCGAUGAAUCCAUUUCACGACCCCAGUUCGCCAAUCAAAUCGUCAGCUUUCGAGAAAAAAUCUCAGUAUUUGGCCAAAAAAUUCUUAACUAGCUGACAAUCAGCGAUCAAUAUCUAGCCCACCGAGAAAUAUAACCAACUUUAAAUUUAUUAAUUUGUUGAUGUAUUUGUUUGUCAUUAUGUUAUCCCCAAAGUCUAUUAUUAUCUGAAUUAUGAUAAUAAAUCUGUAUUGUAUUUGUAUAUUAUAUAUAAAUAGUAAAUUCACCUUUAAA